AUGAAAGAGACAACUCCUCGACCAACUCCUACUAGGGAGGCAACUCCUCCAACUCCAACAAACCCAGAUCCUCCGUCUCCGGUCGGACAGACUCCUCCUCCAGCUCCAGUCGACCCUACGCCUCCAGCAUCCACCAUUCAGCAGUUGGCUGGUCGCUGGGAAGAGGCCUCGGGAGAUGACCUCACGGGUGUGGUGCUUAACUCAGAAAAAGAUAGGCUGUCGAGAAUAACAAAACACCAACGCAGUCGGGAGGCAAUCCAGAAGACCGGCUCUAUGGGGGUCGACCAAGUCCUCAACCGCACACUGAACAAAGUGCUUGCUAAUGCUCAAUUUGAAAAGAGACUUAGCGAUCAGCUUAGUGCUGCUGAGGCUCAAUACACCGAGCAACUCAAGGCAGCAGAAGCUUCCUAUGCCGAGCAGCUAGAGGCGGUCAAGGCGAAGCAAACUGAUGCCCUUAAGGACGUCAAGGCGAAGCAUACCGAGGCCCUCAAGAAGGCUGAGGCAAAACACCUCGAGGUGCUGCAGCUGACUGAGGCCAAAGUCACUUCUCUUGAAGAAGAGGUGAAGAGGAAGGAUGCGAGUUUCACCAAGAUCACUGCAUCCAAGGAUCAGUACAAGGAGGUCUCGCUCAAUAAUUACCGGGAAGCCCACAAGCUUUAA